AUGGCUAAAAUCGAGUGGAACGUUAUUGUGUUUGACAAGCCCGGUGUGGACAGAACACCAGUGAGAGCUGAACACGUUCAAGGCAUUCCAGCAACAGUCAACGACGGAAUUGUCACUUCUGUGGGUGCCAUCUACAAGGACGUUGAAAAGACCCAAUUCGCCGGAAGCACUUUCCACUUGUAUGCCGAGUCCAAGGAGGAAAUCCUUGAGUUCUUGAAAAAGGACAUUUACUACAAAAGCGGCAUUUGGGACUUGGACAGCGUGAUCGCCAACCCAGUAGGCAUUGCGGCUAGAAUCGGCAAGGACAUGCCAGGCGUGAAGAUUUGA